AUGUUGAUAGACACAAGUGAAGCAGUGGGAAUACAAACUACAGAGAUUAUUCAAUUUUUCAGUGAGAUGGACAGAGAGACCCACCACGAGGUGGACAUACAGAUCCAAACUAAAGAGAGCCAGAUACAGACUGAAGACUCGCUGUGCGAAAAUAAAGACAGACAGAUUUUGUCUUGUGACCACGAUGAUCAAACUGUACAAACAGAGGAAAGAGAGACUCAAACUGAGGACCGGCCAAGUCCACCUCUGGAGACAGAGGUUCUACGUGAGGAUGAGAACACUGAAUGCAGAAGCUUCAGGGUGAGUCUAGAAGACCAGAUUUCUAUUCACACCGAGGAUGAAGUAAAAUGCAGUGCACGUGACAAAAAGAACAUUUUGUUGCAGAAUGGACAAACUACAACAGAGCAGGACAGUGGAAGUCCUGAAUCUCCUCAGGAAAGCUUGCGCCCAGCUGAAGUGACCAUAACAGUCCAUGAGGGCGAGAGACCAUUACUUCUUGUAGAAGACACAAAGACAGAGUUCAAAGGCAAUUUAAUUGUAGAUAAGCUUGCAGAUAAACUAGAAAUAAUUGAGAAAAUAAAAAUGGAAGAAACCAGUAAAAAAAGGAAGAACCUCUCUGAAGCCGGACCCCUUACCGUCACUGCAGAGUUGUCAGAAACAGAAGGUAUGAGAGACCAACAACACAAUGAACAAUACUGUGUCACAUGGAAUAGACUAGUAAACCUGUUGAUACUGUGGUAG